AUGAGGGCACUUUGGUGCCUUCUUAUCUACCCACAGCUCUACCUUGUAAGCACUCCCGAAGGCCGCAGAGAGAUUAGGUUGCAUCUUGGCUUUAGGUUGCUAACUGGGAAAAGAUCCCAAGUCCCAAAGUAUCACAGAAGAGACAGAUCCAUCACACCAAGGAGUUCUAUAUCACCAUCACUAAGGAAAGCUAAAGUCUAUACUCGAGCUUCCCAGAGUCCUACUUCUACAGUGGAUUUCCAGUCUAUAUCUUCCCAGUCUCCUGCUCCUGUACAAGUCCACAUCAGGCAAAGACAGUAUAGGAGCCCUGCCCUAGCAGGAAAGACGACAAUUGGAGGGCCAGGGCACUAUGAGUUUACUCAAGUUCACUCUCUACCAGAGAGUGACUCUGAAAGCAAUCAGGAUGAAAAAUGGGCUAAAAGGAGAAUCAAAAAGACCCGUAGUUCAAAAUACCCAAAGAAAAGAAUCACUACGGGAGGCAGAACACAAAACACAAAGUUCUACACAAAUGGUAGAACCACAAUACGGAGUUCUUCUCGGGAUUUACGAGAACAGUUAAGAAGGAAGAGGAAUGGAGUAUCUCAGACAACUACUAUCUCUUCAAAAAGACAAUCUAAGAAAUCCUCCCAACCCAAAUUCAUUCAACAGCUUUUUCAAGGCCUAAAGCAAGCAUUCCAGACAGCACGCAGAAUUAUGGCUUUUGCUGGACAGAAGACUGAGGACAGGUCAAGGCCAGACCAUUAGUGUUCAAGCAAAAACCACCAUCCAAAACAAAAAGCCAGAGAUUAUUCCUCAUCAAGAGAUAUCAAAAGAGAGUCAGUUGGUAAGCUAAAGCCAACAGACAUAACCACUAAGCAGGAGAAGAUGUUAUGGGAAGAAAUACAGCCAUUCAUAUCAGCUCAUCAACCAAAAAGAGGUAGCUCUUUCCAACGUAGACAUACCCAACGACCCAAGCCCAUAGUUUCCCAAAGAACUGCUAUUUUCAAAAGCACUUCAAUCAGACAGGCUGUGGUUAUUGUUCAAAACGACAAUAGUAGCAAAGGUAAGAAAUCCUACAGAUGUGAAAUCUCUAGCCAGGAGUCCAAGAGCUCCAAAAUAGGAACCAGAGUUCAAGCCAGAGGAAGAAACCUACAUGGUUCACUUAAGAGAACCUCACACAGUCACCUUAAAGAGAAACUCACACCCAAGAAGCGAAACCACCAUAGCUUCGUAAGGGAGAGAACCCUUAAUGAUUCCUCUGAAAGAAGCCAUCGCAGUCCCUCCGAGAGGCGCCAUCGAAGCCGUCCUCGGAGGAGAUAUCACAGUUCCUCUGAAAGGAGCCAUCAGAGUCCCUGUGAGAGGAGAUGUCGCAGUUCCUGUGAGAGGGGAUGUCGCAGUCUCUUUCAGAAAACUCAUCACAGUCCCUUAGAGGUGAGCGGACACAGCCCUUCUGAGAGAAGACAGCACAGGCCCUCUGAGAGGAGCGGUCGCAGUUCCUCAGAGAGAACUCACUGUAGUCCCUCUGAAAGAAGUGGACGCAGUCUGUGUGAGGGGAACAGACACGGUCAUUCUGAGCAGAGCCAACAGAGCCACUUUGAAAGGCGCCAGUACAGUUGGUGCGGGAAAACCCAUCUCAGUCCCUCUGCGAGAACCCAUCACAGUCCCGCUAAGGAGAGACUCAAACACAGCUGCCCCAGGGAAAGGCUCAGACAUGGUCUGUCUGAAGAUUGCAAGGGCUCCUCAAACACGUUUCCUAGGGACCACACACACAAUACUCCAAAACAGGCCAAGUUUAGAGGCCUGAAGCGAACAGAUGAGAUUCGUCCCCAUUAUUCACUGACUGGCUCAAGCCUUCACCGACCUGCCCCUUUUCUGGCUUCUUUCCUGCUCAGCCACUGCCUCGGAUACCUGCACCCUCAGCAAUCCAAGAGCCUCUAAGCCUCUCUACCUGGGGGGAGGGAGGGUGGGAAUGGGUCUCUGUAAUUUCUCUAAGAUAAAUAAAGGGGCAAUAAUUGAUAUCCACCUA